CAAAAGUUGACUUGGGGUUUCCCUGUCAAAAUGGAGUUCCUGGUAGCUUCCUGCCCAUGUGAAAACACGUAUGGAAUACAGCAUUUGAUCGAUCGAUCUGACUAUAUGUGAGGCCUUAAGAUCAGGAUUGGUGAUUCUGGAGCAAGAAGCCAUGGCCAUGAUCGCAGUGCAGGUGGUGCUCGAGAAACUGGCUUCCUUUGUAGAAAAAGAAACACGGUUCUUGGGAGGAGUUAGAGGGGGAAUCGUUGAACUACAGGAUGAUUUGUAUUGCAUGAAAUCUUUCCUUCAGGAUGCGGAAGAAACGAGUGAGAGUGAUCAAGGACUGAGAGCCUGGGUCAAACAAGUGAGAGAUGUGGCUUAUGAUGCUGAGGACAUUCUUGAAGAGUUCAUGCUCCGGUUUGCUCAAUCUCACGGGACUGGUUUUAUCCAUUAUCUUCGCAAUUCAUAUCGUUCCAUCCGUAAAUUAAGUGCGCGGCACCGGCUGGCAGUCCAGCUACAAAGCAUUAAAGCAAGGAUGAAAGCCAUUUCAGAGAGAAGAAAUGCAUUUUCUUUGAACAGGAUAGACAUGCCAUCAACCUCCAGUGCUACCGUAGAGAAAUGGCAUGAUCCCCGGUUAGAUGCUCUUUACUUAGAUGAAGCUGAUGUCGUGGGAAUUGAGAACCCAAAACAUCUACUGGUUUCGUGGCUUGUAGAAGGAGAAGAAAAGCUCUCCAGUAUCUCUGUGGUUGGAAUGGGUGGGUUGGGAAAAACAACCCUCGUAAAGAAAGUCUAUGACAGCCACCCCAUCAGAAGAAGCUUUGAUACCCAUUCUUGGGUUACAGUUUCCAAAUCAUUUGCAUCCACGGAGCUUCUACGAGUUGCUCUGCAGGGGUUUCUGGUGACAGCAAACGAACCUGUUCCAGCUAAUUUGCAAUCAAUGACUGACCUCCAAUUAAUUGAUGCUCUAAGAAAUUAUCUAUGGAGAAGGACGUUUGUCAUUGUUUUGGAUGAUGUAUGGACUGUAAACGCUUGGGAAACAAUAAAGUAUGCAUUUCCUGAUUGUAACUGUGGUAGUAGAAUUAUCUUCACUACACGUUUAAGUAACUUGGCUGAAUCUAUAGAGAACACUAGUCAUGUUUAUGAACUCCAAGCUUUACCAGAAAAUGAAGCCUGGACCCUCUUUUGUAUGAAAGCCUUUAGAGGGGAACAUAAGGCUGUAUGCCCUCCAGAACUGGAAGAGAUGUCUCGAAAUAUCUUAAGGAAGUGUGAGGGACUGCCACUUGCAAUUGUAGCAAUAGGAGGCCUGCUGUCGAAGAAGAAAAAUGAAGGUUUGGAAUGGAAGAAAGUCCAUGACUGCCUAGCUACAGAAUUGAAAAGUAACAACGACCUUGGGAGUCUACGUAGAAUACUUCAACUAAGUUAUGAUGAUCUUCCCUACUACCUCAAGCAGUGUUAUUUGUAUUUAAGUGUAUUUCCAGAGGACUAUUUGAUAAAAAGAAUGAAGUUGAUCCGGUUGUGGACGGUUGAAAGGUUUGUGGAAGAGAAGCAAGGCUUUACAAAGGAGGAAGUAGCAGAGGAAUACCUUAAUGAACUCGUGAAUAGGAGUUUGAUCCAAGUGGUGGAGAUGAAUUAUUUUAAUAGGGUCAAGACAUGUCGUGUUCAUGAUCUAAUGCGAGAAAUCAUUCAAAUGAAAUCCAGGGAAGAAUCUUUUGUUAUGAUAGCAAACGGAGCAAGAAUCAGCAAGAAUGAGAAAGUUCGGCGUCUAUCAAUCCAUGAAAACUCUGAGGAAGUACAAUCAGAUAUGAGAUUUCCUUAUCUGUGGUCUUUGUUGUCAUUUUCUUCACAUCAUUCUUUUGAGCAUAGUUUUCGCAAUUACAAGCUGUUGAGAGUAUUGAAUUUAGAUCGAGCUCCCCUUUCCAGCUUCCUACCUGAAUUGGUUGAACUGAUUCAUUUAAGAUACUUAAGUUUGAGAUGGACCAUGAUAAGUGAGCUUCCAGAGUCCAUAAGGAAGCUCAAGUACUUGGAAAUACUUGAUUUGAAAAGGACUUUUGUAUCUUCUUUGCCUGCUGGGAUCACACAACUGACAUGUCUUUGCCAGCUCCGUAACUAUCGACACAGUUUCCAGCCAUCAUCGUUCUUCCCAGACACUCAUGGAAUGAGAGUUCCAUCAGGAAUAGGAAGAUUGACGAGCCUGCAGAAAUUGGGAAGCGUCGAAGUGAAUGAAGAUUAUGAAUUAGUCAGGGAGUUGGGAAAGCUAACUUCGUUGAGAAGGCUGGGCAUUUUAAAGCUAAGAGAAGAGCAGGGAAUGGAUCUGUGUUAUACUUUGGACAGGUUGAAACACCUUACUGCAUUGUAUCUUGUUUCACUAAACAAAACUGAAUCCUUACAAUUUGACUCUCUUUCAUCUCCUCCAAAAUAUCUCCAACGACUAUAUCUCAAAUGUAGUCUUCCGGCUUUACCAGAAUGGAUACCUUCACUCCAGUAUAUUUCCAAGCUAGUGCUUCAAUAUUCUAAUCUGAAAAGUGAUCCUCUCAAGGCCCUCCAGAAAUUGCCUAGUUUGGUGUUGCUUGAACUCCGUCAAGCUUAUGCAGGGGAAGAACUGUGUUGUGAUCCUAGUGGAUUUUCAAAGCUGAAGAGGCUAGGUCUCCAUGAACUGGGGAGAUUGCGGCGCAUCAGAAUAGCGAAAGGAUCAAUGCCUGGGUUAGAGAGGCUAGACAUUACAGCAUGCACGGUGCUAGAAACCGUGCCGGAUGGGAUUGAAAACCUGAAAAAUAUAGAAGACCUGGUUCUGUGGCAUAUGCCUCCAACAUUCAUCAAGACAAUAGAAAGGUACCGUGGUGAAGAUUUCUGGAGAGUUCAACAUGUCACAACAAUCACCCGUAUCUACGAGAACCAGGGGAGAUGGUUCUCUGAAACUCUUCCGUAAUUAGAGGGGUAAACUACGGAGAGGACUACAGUUUCCGGAAAAUCAUGAUCUCUGCCGAGUUCCUCAGGUCUGUACAGAAGUUUCAUCAUGUAAUGCUGAGCCUCAGAAAACAGAAAACUGCUGCUCCUCCCUCCUCUUCUCUGCUCCUUUGUCUCUGUUUUGCUGUCGUUGAAUCUUCCAACCUGCUAUCUUGUCCAUGUUUGUCACCACUAAUUCUGGACAGCGUCAAUUUAUAGACAUCAAUAUGAGUAUAUUUGGGAUUUGUCAGAUGUUUAUUUUAUAUUUUAACAAAUUCUCACAA